UAAAAAUGUAUCUCGCAUCGUCCGCCAUCUUGGACGUAUUUUUCCACCAAGGUCAUCAAGGUGCAUUCUGGGAUCGCAUACCUGGGGAAGGAUACAUCUGAUGCUACCUUAGUAUUUGGCCAAAACAAGAUAUCUUAAGAGGCAGCAUAAUUAAGAUACCUACCUUUUGGAACAGCCUUCGUGUUGGGAGCGCGCCCACGAUGCCUUAAAAUGCUGCCUCCGGAGGAUGCUCACUAGAUUUUGGAACAGACCCUAUGAGUCGCCCCACAGGACAAAGUAUACACUUUUGUAUCAAUGCAAAAAUGUUUUUUUUGUUUUUACAAAAAAAUAUUGUUUUAUGCAUUUUAUCAUUCUGUAUGUUUUCUCUGCUCUGCGUUAUUAUUUAACACAAGAAGGCUCCAGUUGAAACGAAGCAGAACAUUACUUUUUUGGACAGACCGCCUAUCAUCAGAGGAAAUAAUUUUGCUCACUGAGCCACAUUCAAAUCUAAGAACAUUUCUAGUUUGCAAUGCCAUUAUAUAACACUAGAAAGACAAUCUGAAUUAAUGGUGACUACAGUAUGCUAAUAGAACAUAUUGCUGCAUAUUACAGUUAAGAAAAGAUUAGAACAUAUAAUUAUAUCAGCAGUUGAGUUUAUGCACAAAUGGAAUAAAAGACUGCACAAUGUGGUCAGUGCAAAUCAGUCUUCAGUUUCCUCUUCUUGUGGUUGAAACUCCCCUGUUUAUCUCCCCUGUUGUUAAAAUGCUCUGGGGCAAAGUGUCAUUUCAGCAGUGUGAAGAAAUCUUGAGUUCAUCAUGUUGCAGCAUUUGAUCAAACUGAGGAUUUUGCAGCUUCAGCUCUUUCUGCUCAUAUGGUGUGAAGCUGGAGAGACUUUAACAGAUAAACUCACAGAUUUGGGACAAAAUGUGACCAUAAACUGUGAUAUUCAUGAAGAAGAGGUACAAUGGCUUUUACUGAAACUACCAGAGCCAGUUAUUAUAUUACGCACUUUCUUAUUUUCAAGCCCUUUUUACUACAAUAAAACAUUAAAACACAAAUAUUCAGUGAAAUCCAAACAUCAUCUGUAUAUAUAUAAUGUCACAACUAAUGAGUUAGGAGUUUAUUACUGUAUGAAAACAGACACUAAAGGAGGAAUAUUAAGUAAUGGCAUCAGACUACACAUCACUGAGACCCAGAAUCAUACAACGGUGAAGAAUAUUCAGCAGAAUCAGACAGAAGUGAGAUGCAUUCAGCAGAAUCAGACAUCAUGGCAGACUCCUGCCAUCAUAUCUGCUCUGCUGAACAGUGUUCUGAUAAUUGUGGUCUUUGGACUAAUAAAGGUGUUUGUUCAUGGAAGAAAGAGAACCAGUGAACGUUCAAAACAAGAGACUCGCCUACAACAUCCUCGGGUUACAGAUCUUGAACCGCCUCAAAACUUAAACCGAACAGAGUGUACUGAAGUGGACUUUUCCUCCCCCUGUAAUAAGUCUCAGUCAAGCCAUAUCACCAGCACCUAUGCAUUUCUACAGCUGCCAAAAACACGAACAUGUGAGCGGGACUGACCUCAUUUCAUUUCCCAUCACAGCCGAUUUAUGUUGUUGUGGGUGGAUGACCUGAAUAGUCAGAGGUUUUGUAACAGUCGUAUGGAUUACUUUUAUGGUACUUUUUUGGAGCUUGGCUAUAUAAAUCACAUCUACUUUUGUUGUAAAGAAAAAGCAGAUCUGACACAUGCUAAACAUUUAUUUUUGUGUUUCACGGAAGAAAAGAAAAGCCAUAUGGGUUUCGAACAAGUUAGUGUCAAUUGCGUAAGAUGAAUAACUUUUGCACAAUUUGCUGAAAGAUACAUCAGCGAGCUUUGCUUUUCUUUUGAAUUGUUUACCUCAUGUAAACUGUACAGAUGAGCACAGUAAAAUGUUUUACCGAUUUCACACAAUACAAGCAAUGAACCACAAAGUUUCACCCACUUCAGAAGAGGAAGUGUAACUAACAUUUGACAUGUACUUUGCUGUGCAUUGUAUUCCCAUAAAUGUAUAAAUAUCAAAAGGAAACUUUCGUUUUGUGCUUUAAGAUAUAGAUGUUCAUUGACAGAUGACAAAAAAUAAAAAUUCUACUAGGAGAGGGAAACACGGCCUCGUUAGCAGCUAGCUACUGUAAGUAGCUGCAUGCCAUGGCCUGAGGGACAGUGUGAAGCACAACAGUAACAUGUCAACACGUUACCUUGCAUCUUAAUUUGUAUUACAUUUUUGCACUUUUACUGUGGUUUUUCUUUCCUUUUUUUCUUCUUCUUUUUCACACUUAUUUAUUUUCUAUAGUGUACACAUCUAAAUGCUUUGGCAAUACUGUACACUCUAACAGUCAUGCCAAUAAAGCUUUCUUG